CGCCACGCAUUUUAUUCUUCCUUUUAAGUAACAGCAGCCCGAGGCGGUCGUGACGGGUGAUCAGACAGACCGGGAGCGCGCGCAGAUCCGCCCUCCAGACGCCAUUUCUCGGACGGUGUGGGGAGCCGAAGUAGCUUUUACACCAAUCCUGGGAAGGAACAGAAAACACAACAAACAGACAUUUUAAAAAGGCCUCUCGGUCGCCUUGUGGCGUGGCAGCGUCGUGCCUCAUAUAGGGAAGCGCCGCGCAAGGAGGGGAACUUUCUGUUGCGAGAUUAUUCACAAUUCGUUGUGUGUGAAGACGUGUUGCAGGCCGCCAUUUUUGUUACAGCCUUCGAAGUCUGUUGGGAGUCUAAAUAAGAGACAAAACUCUUUCGUACUUUGGUGCAAUACACGAAGAAGGACUCGUUGUUGGACGCGACCGACGUACGUUGCCUUGAAUAGUCAUGCAGAGCGAUUUAUUAACAUAUUAUGGCGUUGUUUGCCUCAUUUUGAGCGGACGGUGAUUGAGGACGGCUAGCUGGCUAACGCGUUAUAUUGUCUCAUAAGCUGCAGCUACUUUCACGGAAGAGAGAGCGGAAAGGGGAACUUUAAUUCUAAAUACGCGUUUUUGGGUUCGUUGCGAACUUUUGGGGUCGUUUAAACCUGUUCUAAGCCCGUCGUGAUUCUUGUGUUGGCGGAAAUUUAGCGAUGCAUCAAAGUUGGUUGACGCCAGUCGCAGCCUGUCUGGUCAAACGUCAGGUUGCGGUUCAGUAGGACUGUCAGAUCAAAAAGUGUUUGGGCGUCUGUUGUUUUAAUUUAUUGCUUAUUUCUGUCUUCUUUUUCGAAUUCAUUCGCCACAGUUGUAUUUUGAGCAAACAUGUCGUCUGCACGGUUCGACUCCUCGGACCGAGCCAGCUGGUAUUUCGGGCCGGUUUCGAGGCAGGAGGCGCAGAAUAGGCUACAGGGACAGAGACACGGGAUGUUUUUGGUGCGAGAUUCCUCCACCUGUCCUGGUGAUUAUGUACUGUCAGUGUCCGAAAACUCCAAAGUUUCUCACUAUAUCAUCAACUCUUUGCCAAACAAGAGAUUCAAGAUAGGUGACCAAGAGUUUGACAAUCUACCUGGCCUUUUGGAGUUCUAUAAAAUACAUUAUCUGGAUACGACCACCCUGAUAGAGCCAGCACCAAGGUACCCCAGUACCUCUCUGCCCAGUGGUCCUAUUCAGCCAUCUGGGGGACUCGGAGAUGAGAACCAGGAGUAUGUGCGGACUCUUUAUGACUUCACUGGUAGCGAUGCUGAAGACCUUCCUUUCAAGAAGGGUGAAAUCCUAAUUAUUCUAGACAAGCCUGAGGAGCAGUGGUGGAGUGCCAAGAACAAAGAAGGCCGAGUAGGCAUGAUUCCUGUUCCCUAUGUAGAAAAGUUGGUGAGGCCUUCGCCUCAUCCUGGUCAGCCCGGCCACGGUUCACGCAAUUCCAAUAGCUACGGCAUCCCUGAGCCAGCACACGCCUAUGCUCAGCCUCAGACUCCAUCGCCCAUUCCUCCCAUCACACCCGGCGCUGUCAUCAACCCACUGCCUUCCAUGCAGAACGGGCCAGUAAUGGCGAAGGCGAUCCAGAAACGAGUGCCAUGUGCAUACGACAAGACUGCCUUAGCACUGGAGGUGGGCGACAUUGUGAAAGUGACUAGGAUGAACAUCAGCGGCCAGUGGGAAGGGGAGGUAAAUGGCCGGAGAGGUUUAUUCCCUUUCACCCAUGUGAAAAUAUUGGACCCCCAAAACCCAGAUGAGAGCGAAUGAUCUGGGUCAUGCGCUGUCAGCACCCCGUCAGCUCGCCGGCCGCCCCAUCAAGUCACCACCGGUAUUGCGCUUGCCUGCCUUGGGGCCCAGCCGUGGCGCAUUUCUCAAGCAAACCAUUUGCGUGGCUUCUGACUGUUUACAGCUCCGAAAUCAAACGGUUCUUAAUCCCCCUCACUUGGUUACAGGUGAAUCAGUAUUUUUUUUUUUGUGUCUGCCCUUAAUAUUCUGUUGUUUCCACACAUCGGCCAUCUGUACCUCUGACAAGGUGAAAUGAGGCCUCCAACGUGACCUGAGCCUUCUUGCCAAUCUCCUGCAGUUCUCUGUCUUUUAGCUUUGACUUUUGCCAGCUAAACUAUGUUGUGUUAAGAAAGGGAAAUGAUGAUCAUUAUACCCUCUGUUUUGAUUGCCUACUGCUCACCCAAAUUUUAUCUUUUAUUUUGUCGUUUGUUACAUUUAAACAGAAUUCUAGUGAUACUGAUCUGACCUUUGGUAGCAGCCAUGACUUGAAGAUAAAGGUAGGGUAUAGCAGUGGCAGGUUCUUAGAGUAGCAUCAACUGCACCACUCCUCCUGAUUGACCUUAGAAACAGACUCACCAGGUAAAGUUUUUUUUCCACUCAGCUAGUAUGUGGGACUAGUCUACUGUAGCCUUUUUAUUUGUGCCAUAAUAACUUAUAUGUAAAUUGCAGUAGUAGUGUAGCUAGAUGGUUGUGGCUAGACUCUCGGGGGAUCUUUUGAAUGGUGAAGGGCUUGCCUGUGGAGCUUUUUGCAUCCGGUUGUGAUGCCUUAAAUGCGCGAUUGGGUCUGGGGAGAGUAAAAACACACCUCAUCUAUUCCAUUGGACAAGCUGGAAAUGUCACCUGUGCAAUCAUGAGCUCAUCUCUUGAAGACUGGAUUCAGUGUCUGAUUCUCCCAGUCUGUAAAGGUGACAGUAACAUUUGGAUCUUGCUCCAUUUCAUGACUGUUUCUGCACAUCACAAGGUCUCUGCUAUUACUUUGAUGGUUUCUGCCCAAUUUUGAUUGAGUAACCUGACAUAAACAUGACUUUUAGGUUUUGUCCAUCUGUAAUAAUUUUCUUCUAUUAGCCAGGUGUUACUGUGUGUUGAAAUAAACUGGCGUUUUCUAAAAAGGGAUUUAAAAAGCCUGCUGGUGGCCUCUGCAUGACCUUCUGGCCAAGAGGGAUUUCCCUCUUAGGUUAAAUGCUGCUUCAUGUCAUGUCUUUUAUUUCUGUCUGUUGAUUUUUUUCUUUAUUUUUCCUUUUUGAAAUUAAUUCACCUUUGUCUGGUUUACAUCCCUAGCAUCAAGUUAAGGCUAAACAUUCAUAUUAAGCAAUAGACCAACCCGAAUCUUUUAAGCGCUCAAAUAAUUUAAGGUUUCAAAUACAUAAGUUUUUCUUUUUUCUAAGGCUUUAACAGUAUUACUGUUUGUUUCACAUUGCAAAAUAUCCAUGUGGUCUCAUUCGUUGAAAAUGAAAAUUUGUGCCUUUUAUUUUCUUACAUCAUUUACAUGUUAAUAAUAUUUCCUGUGGUUAACACCCAUGCUGGUAUUACCUAUUAUGUACAGAACGAGUAAAUAAAAUUUAUGUCUACUUCUC